GAUUAGCAUCUCACAGGUGACCUGUACUGUAAGUCGACCGUCAGCCUGCCGCCGCAUAUGGACUUUGAAAGUUCUUUUCUCUAUUCUCAUUUUGUUUUUUGGGAGGGAUUCUUCAAGCUUCUAAUGAAUCCGGAUGUCUUUUUCCCCGAUCUCUCCUCAAUGUGACUGUUUGGGGUCCUUUUGGUGAAAUCAUGCAUCAAGUCCUGCAUGCGUUGGUGUUGUUAUGCUGCCUUAAUAUGGCUCAUCCUUUCUGUCCAGCCCAGUGCACUUGUGUCUUCCAUGGACGUACCGAUGGAGCCGGGACCAGGUCUGUGCUCUGCAAUGACCCAGACAUGUCCGACAUCCCUGUCAAUGUCCCGGUGGACACAGUCAAGCUUCGGAUUGAGAAAACCGUAGUCCGCCGGGUCCCGACAGAAGCGUUUUAUUACCUAGUGGAGCUACGCUACCUGUGGAUUACUUACAAUUCCAUCACCUCAGUGGAUACUGGAAGUUUCUACAACCUCAAAGUGCUCCACGAGCUGAGGCUGGAUGGCAACAUGAUCUCUGUCUUCCCAUGGGAGUCCCUUAAAGAGAUGCCCAUGCUGAGGACCUUGGACCUACACAACAACAGACUCACCAGCAUUCCCAGUGAGGCCAUCCCCUACCUUGUGAAGAUCACAUACUUGGAUCUAUCCAGCAAUAAGCUAGCCACUCUGCCUUCGGACCUUAUGGAUAUUUGGCCACCAUUCAAUGGCGAGCCAGUGACUUCCAAUGCCUCCCAGAAGGUCGUGUUGGGCCUCCAAGACAACCCCUGGUUCUGCGACUGUAAGAUCUCAAAGUUGAUUGAGAUAUCCAAAAUGGCUGUGACACCCGUGGUUCUCAUGGACCUGUUCCUGACCUGCGGUGGACCAGAGAAUCUAGCCGGUGUUCUCUUCCAGCGUGCCGAACUUGACAAUUGUGUAAAGCCAUCAGUCAUGACUUCAGCAACGAAGAUUACGUCUUCGCUGGGUAGUAAUGUUCUCCUGCGAUGUGAUGCUACUGGCUACCCAACACCAACCCUCUCCUGGGCGAGGGCAGAUGGAUCACUUGUCAACAACACAGUACAGGAGUCCCCAGGGGAUGGCAUUAGAUGGUCCAUCAUGAGCUUGCAUGGGAUAUUGCACAAGGACGCUGGGAACUACAGCUGCAAGGCUAAGAAUGACGCGGGUACAGUAGAAGCCACAAUCUCCCUCUCAGUGGCUGGCAGCAUGAGUACCACCAUCACUCCACCAAAGCCCAACACUGGGACAGGACCCCCUGACCAAGACUUGACAUAUGUUCCUGGAACAGACCAGGCUGUCGCAGCCUCUACCAUAUCCAUGGUCUUUUCCAGGAGGCAGACAACAAUGGUUGCCGUCCCUGCAAAGCCAAAAACAACUCCCAGCAACGGUGUCCAAAAAGGUUCACUCAAACCUGCAAAGAUUAAGCAAGGAAGUGGUGGACAAAAGUUUCCUUCAGAUGAGGAGAACAAGAACAGCAAUGCCUCAAAGUCCAUCAAAGAUCUUGCGAUUGUGGAGGAAACGUCUGACAGUGCAGUUCUUCUGUGGACAGCAGUGGGUUUACCAAAGAACUCUCCUCUCACAGUUGUAUAUUCACCUUACGGGGAAGAUGGUGAGGAUGAUUUUAAAAGAACAGUAGAGACAAAUGCCGGCAGUGGUAAAAUUCUGCUUGAGGAACUCUCGCCCGGCAUAAGAUACUCUGUCUGCCUCGUAGCAAAGGGUGGCUCUGCAGGAAAGGAUCCUUGCAUUGACUUCUCCACACUUGUGGACGGUGGACAGAAUCAGUUUUUUAUCAUCAUCAGCGGCAUUGCCUGUGUGCUGGCGUUACCUCUCAUCGUCCUGUUGCUCUACAAGAUCCUUGCCCUCUACUGCAAAGGAAGCGAAGCGGCUCAGGACGAGGAGGAGCUUGAGAAAGAGAGCUACGUCAAGUUUGAGACCAUCACCAUGAAGCAAAGAACUAUGAACUCCCACCCAACCGAGCUUUGGGCGAGGAGGCCGACCCAUGAGUCGGAGAGAAUGCUCUUGUGCUCCAGGUCCAGCAUAGACUCCCAGAUGACCUACAAGAGCGACAGCUCCAGAUCUGAGUAUCUUUGCUGAUGGCAGAAUGACAUUAUAUGUUAUGACAGUAUGCCUUCCAUGAACCAUGGACACAUUUUUCUUCAGGAAAAUAUUCCUCAUCUAAGGUGUAUGUGUGUCUAUGAAUUUAAAUACAGUCGAUCUGGACAUUCAGACAUGAAUGACCAAUAUCCAUUCAUGUCCUUAUCAAUUAUUGAGCCUUAUAAUGAUUGAAAUAUUCUGACGUGUCACUAGAUGCCAGCACCUUCCUUGGACUUUUGUAAUUUAAGCAAAGAACCUGCCCGUUAAUUGCAUAUGUUUUUGCUUUUGUCCCAUUAGAAUUGAUGCCAAAAUUCAAGUGUAAAAUGUUACUAUCGGGUGUUAGCAACAAAGAAUAGCCACUUCCCAUCACAGAGAUAUCAACCACAACUUUGUUGAUCCGAGAAUGCCUUACACGACCAAUACAUUCUGUCAGUGUGAAUUUGAAUAAUUGCCAGUUUUCAUCUUUGUAUGUAUAUUUUCAUGUUUAUUUAAAAAAUGU